UGGAUGACAUGACAUGACAGACAGCCUGAGACAGCCGAACAAAAAUUACGGCGUGGAUUUAUGGAUAGAUUUGUGCUGAAGUGGCUGUUGCUUGUUGUAUGAAUUGUUUGUUGAUUAAAACUAGUGUGCUUUGCAUUUCAUGCCAUAGUUGAAAAUUACGAUUAGAAGUUUUGAAUGUCGAGAUAAUGACCGAUAAUUCAAAAGUUUCACGACAAAGUUUGUGCAUAUCAUUGUCAUUAGCGCGUAAGUCGGGCUCUCCGGUGUUUAGAGUCUUAUAGCAGCGGUAGACAGUAUUGUCUGAAAUGGUGCCGAUUGUUUUUGUGAACGGGUCUAAAGAGGAUUUCAUUUGAUUGUUUUUUAUUUUAUAUAUUACAUUACUUUGGAUCGAGAUGUAUCCGACGCCGACGAGGCACCCGGCGGCUGCGGUACGGGGUCCACAGCCUACUUCGGGACCUAUUAAAUUUACUAUAGCUGACACUUUAGAACGUAUCAAAGAAGAAUUUAACUUUUUACAAGCUCAAUAUCACACAUUGAAACUAGAAUGCGAAAAGUUAGCUAGUGAGAAAACAGAAAUGCAAAGGCAUUAUGUGAUGUAUUAUGAGAUGUCAUAUGGACUCAAUGUGGAAAUGCAUAAACAGACAGAGAUUGCUAAAAGGCUGAGUGCUAUAAUUGGCCAAGUGUUGCCAUUUCUAGCCCAAGAACAUCAGCAGCAAGUUGCCUCAGCAGUGGAAAGGGCAAAGCAAGUUACUAUGUCUGAACUAAAUGCCAUUAUUGGGCAACAGCAACAACAGGGUCUUCAGCAACUUCUUCAACAGAUUCACGCGUCGGCGGGGCUGUCGCACGGCGUUGCCGGUGCGGGGGGCUUGCUGGGCGCCGGGGGGCUCCUGUUCGCGCCCGGGGCGGGGCCUCCCCCUCCCCCCCAUUUACCGCCGCCUGCGCACAAAGUGGAAUUGCCCCCGCCGGCGGACAUUAAACCGCCAGUGUUGCCAGGAGGUCCAGCGCCACCCUUAUUGUCGGGACAACCGCCUCCCCGGGAGGACGAUAGGCUAGUCUCAUCUAGGGUGUUACAACAGAACGCCGCGUUCCAACGACGUUCCGUGUCGCCGCACGAGCGCGAACAGAAGUACAGGCCGCGCUCGCCCGCCGAACCCGAGGCGUUGGACGUCAAACGCAGGAAGGAGGAGAAGGUACUCAGUCAUGUGAGUCUGUGUAGUGACAGUGAUGCUGAAAAGAGUGACCAAGAUCUUGUUGUUGAUGUAGCUAAUGAGGAAGAGAGAGGUUCCCCCAGUGUACGCACGGAAGGCGGUGAGAGAACAGAGAACGGUCCCAGACCGCCUUCAAGGUCUGGCUCGUCCUCAAGCCGGUCUACGCCCAAGAGUUCUAAAGAUGAGAAGCCAGGCACGCCCGGGGCUAAGAUGGGUCGCGCGUCCACGCCCACGGGGUCGGGCCGGUACGGGUUCCCCGGGUACGCGGGCUACAGGCCGCCCCAUCCGUACGACCAAACGCACCAUAGGACCAACGGAAUUGCUCCAGCUAAGCCGGCAUAUUCGUACCACACUUGCGGUGGGCCAUUACAGCCGGUACCAUUCCCAGCUGAUGCAUUAAUGGGUCCGGGAAUACCUCGAGGGGCGAGGCAAGUGGCCGCCUUACCCCAUGGGGAAGUAGUUUGUGCCGUGGCUUUGUCGCUAAGCAAUGGCGCAAGACACGCGUAUACCGGGGGAAAAGGAUGUGUCAAACUAUGGGACAUUACUAAUCCAGUUUCACCGACAACUUUAGAACCUCUAUCGCAAUUAGACUGCUUGCAAAGAGAUAACUACAUAAGAUCAGUAAAACUGCUACCGGAUGGAAGGACGUUGAUAGUCGGUGGGGAGGCAUCGAAUCUUUCUAUAUGGGAUUUGGCAUCGCCCACGCCGCGAAUGCGCGCGGAACUCACUUCUUCAGCGCCUGCGUGCUACGCUCUCGCUAUUAGCCCUGACUCUAAGGUAUGCUUCAGUUGUUGUUCAGAUGGCAAUAUAGCGGUAUGGGAUCUACAGAACCAAACAUUAGUUAGACAAUUCCAAGGUCACACAGACGGCGCUUCGUGCAUCGAUAUAAGUCCGGACGGAACGCGGCUAUGGACGGGCGGUUUAGAUAACACAGUUAGAUCAUGGGAUCUAAGGGAGGGUCGGCAAUUGCAGCAGCACGACUUCUCCAGCCAAAUAUUCUCACUGGGAUACUGUCCAACAGGCUCAUGGCUCGCGGUAGGCAUGGAGAAUUCUCACGUAGAAGUGUUGCACGCUGGAAAACCUGACCGCUACCAGUUAGUACUCCACGAAUCAUGCGUUCUAUCGCUCCGGUUCGCGGCGUGCGGCAAAUGGUUCGUGUCAACGGGCAAAGAUAACUUGCUCAAUGCAUGGCGCACGCCGUACGGAGCUAGCAUAUUUCAGUCAAAGGAGUCGUCAUCGGUGCUCAGUUGUGAUAUUGCUGCGGACGAUAAGUUCAUAGUGACAGGUUCGGGAGAUAAGAAAGCCACAGUUUACGAGGUGAUGUAUUAAAGCAAUCUCAUAGUGGAAGGAAACAGGAAAAUCUGUGAACAUUGUGUUUUACGAGGCUGUAAAUAAAGAAUGAUUUCGUAAUUUUGGAGAGUUUUGUUCACUAUCAUGUUCAUUAAGAUGCGAUGAGUUGUUCAUUUACCUGGAUUUACUUGCGCGAUUAGUUGUUUAUUUAUCUGCAUUUACCUGAAUGAAUUUUCUAUUGUGGUUAUUUAUAAAGAAUGAAAUGUCAUCACUUGUUUUACCUAAUUACAUUCGUUUUCACGCCAUGUCUCGAGUGGGAUAUCAUAUAGAAGUAAGAGCUACAUGGCAAGGAAAAGAUAGAAUUUAUAACAAAUUUAAAUCUAUAUUUACAGCCAACCAGAGUAUAGAAACGAAACUCAAUAUAAGAAUUGUAUUAUUUGUACACCCUUUUAGCUUGGUUUAAGUGUAGUUUUAAAGUUAUCGAUAAAUCAAUGUUGCACCGUUAAACAUGGAUAUUUUUAGUGUUAUUGUAUAUUUUUAUAAAGAAAAAUACGAAACUAUUUUUUUUAUUUCUGUAUAGGUAUUUUAAGCCAAUAAGUUCUUUCUUACGGUCCUAUUUAUGUAUUUUUUUUUAAUUGUUUAAGUGUAAUCAUAAUGAUUAUUAUGAUUGAUUUAUAAUGACUGAAUUAUUGAUUAACUUCAUGAUCUUAAUUGUACCCUGAGUUACCUGCGAAUAGUUGAUGGUCGAUGGUUACGCUUUCGUUUGUAAAUAAAUAUUUUAGUGUUUUUUUUUUCAUGAAAAAUAUAUAAUAGAGGUACUUUUACAUUAUGCCAACUAACUACUUUGAAGAUUUCUCGGGGUACAGAGAAAAGACUAUCAUAUUAUUAUGUAUAAAUUUAUUUUCUAAUAAAGUAUUCCCAGAACGUAGUUAAAACAUACGCGCAUAAUUAGCGUAAACUGAAGCGUGAAUGAAUCUCAGGUUCACCAUUAAAGUGUUUGUGAUAUUUAUACAUGAUUUUUGGCUUCACUAUGAAAGCUACAAAUCAACUAUGACAGCGCUCUUAUUACGUAACAGUAGCAGUGCUAAUUAUACACUGCAAAUGUUACGAAUACGUUUGUCAAUCGUAGAUUCACAAAUCACGAGACAAAUUAAUGAAAUUUUACCAAUUUUCAAUCGAAAUAGAGCAAACAGUUCAAAGAUGCCAAAUGUAAUGAUUAUGGAACAUGAUUAAGUUCACCCUGACUUUGAAAAGUUUGAAGUUGAAAGUUCUCAUCACAUAUUGAUUUACAAAUUAUUAUUAAGGAUGCAACGAUACCGAUACGAUUAUCGCAUAUCGUCGAUAAUCGUUUACGUUCAUUCGUUAUCGAAAAACAUUACGAUUCUAUGUAUACGAUUCAUCCUUUUUCAAUAUUUUUACAGUAGUUACUACAGUUUCGAGUGAAAUGAAACCGAUAAUGCGUCAAUAUUUGAACGCACCCAUCCAUUUUAACAAAAAAAAAAUAACAAAUAAAAGUACAUUUAAAAAGAUAACUUAUGUAAUUAUAAAAUUAAAUACGUAAAUAAAUUGCAUCAAAACGCAUUUCUUUUAGUAUGUCUUAAUAUAAGUGAUACAAAUAAAUUCUAUAAAAUGCUAUAAAACAAAAAUCGUAAUGCGUAUCGCGUAUCGUAAUUCGUUAUCAUAUUGGGCAAUUGCGAUGUAUUCGUCAUUCGUAUUGGUAUCGAAAUAGCCGUAUCGUUACAUCCCUAAUUAUUAUCCAUCGUGAGUGGUUUUAUCAGUCAUUCUAUGUAAGAAAAAUACCCAACACUGUUUAAAGCGUAUAUAAUAAUACUAGCUGACCCGGCGAACUUCAUGUCGCCCAAAGUCUAUGUCAAUGACUAUGGUCAAUGGAGGUAAAAGGUUACAGUAAGUCAAACUCAAAAGAUGGACACAUGAUAUCGCGGACUUUUUGAAAGUAUAUUUAAAGGGGAACAAUUCCUUCAUACAUGAUUUUUCUGUAACUUAACCAUUUACGCAGCGCACGCAACGGAAGCUCUCAUAUGGAACAUUAUUUCCACGUUUUCGAAACAUUUUCAUAGAUGCUCCGCUCCUACUGGUCUUGAUGAUAGCGAAAUGUUGUUUAGCCUAUAGCCUUCCUCGAUAAAUGUACUAUCCAACAUAAAAAGUUUUUUUCAUAUCAGUCCAGUAGUUCCUGAGAAUAGCGCGUUCAACCAAAAAAUGAAACAAACAAACUUUUCAGCCUUAUAAUAUGAGUAUAUUACAGCACUACCUGCAAGACUGUCGACAGAGUGAGUGUUGUUAGAGAUCGUUAUAAUAUCGAUAUGACUAUUCACUAGCAACUACUUAAUCCUGCUUGUAUUUUAUUCUCUUAGAAUAAUAAAAGAAGUUUAUAAUGGUGAACCUUUAAGAUAGUAAAGAUUUAAUUUAUAGCUGUUUCUUAAAUGCGAAUUAUAUGACGGGUUACUCUGUAUCUGACAAAGAAACCAUCUGUGAUGUCUGUCCAGUUUGUAUUUCGAUCCAUAAAUAAUGAUUUUCCUGUUUGCAUUUUGUGAAUGUUAAGUACAAGAUUAUAGUUCCUUGUUAUUUUAGUUAAAAAGUUAAAAAGCAUUUGGAGUAUUAAAUUAACAUACGAAUUGUGUAAUUAACGAAAAACACAGACAGUGGUGUCGAUUCUAGCAUGACUCUCUAAACCUAUACUUAAAUUUGACAGCAGUAUAUCCUUGUCAUUCUCUAUACAGAAUGAAAAGGAGAGACUUAUGUUAAAUUUAGUUUUAAGUUUACAGAAUCACGCCAGAAUUGGCACCAGUAUCGAAUCGACUCUCGAUAACGUGUUUCGGUGCAAUAUAUUCCAGUCGGGGUUAGCAGUGCGUCAAAGUUAUAACAGAGCAAUUCAAAAAUGCAUUAAGAUCACUUCCUCCUCUUGUUACCUCUUUGAUACUGUUUUGAUCUAAGAUAUUAUCCGGAAAUAAUACUAAUAAGUUACCAGCCAUCCUGCCCGACUUCUUGCCCUUUCUAUAAGGCAGGCUUUUACUAUCUGCAUUGGAAAUUUGGAAGAUUUCUUGUUGUCUGGGUUUCCAAUUUUCGAUUCAAAGUCAUACACGCGUUCACAAAAGAUUAGCGUCGGUCCUACGAUUUCCUUAAUGCCGGCACUCCACUUGGCUAUUCUUAUUUGCUACUAGCUUUUGCCCGCAGCUUCGCUCGCUGUUUUUAGGGGUUUCCCGUCAAUUAUUCAAAAUUUUCUCACCUUUCAAACCCUGCCCUAGAUGUCCACGAACAUAUCAAGACCAAGAUAAGAUAAAUCGUUCAGCCGAUCUCGAGUUUCAGCGAGACUAACGAACAGCAAUUGAUUUUUAUAUAUAUAUAGGUUUGUAAACUUGACUACAGUCCGUCUUUAUCAUGCUUUAUAAGGAAUGAAAAUGACAGAGAUUUUAAGUUUACAAAUAAGAAACACGAAUAGGCAAGCGAAGUGCCGACAUAACAUUCGGAUUUUUGACGAUAUUGUGGAAUAUCUUUAACUGGCUGUAAUAAAAAAACCUGUUCCCUUAUGAACAAAAAAAAAUAUCUCGUCAUGAAUAAAUACAAUUACUGACUGACUAUAUUGUGAACAGGAGUCAAUCAGCUUAAAUAAUUAUGCAAUCUACUUACCUUGAAAUUCGCCGGAGUUACGAGAAGAGUAACUAAGUAAACAAUUAAAAAACACAGUUUUACUUCUAGAGCAAAACUAUUUAAUUAUUAUUAUUUUCACUAAGCAUUUUUAAAGAAUGUUAGUUUUUAGGAAAAUCAUAGAUAUUUGUUUUUUAUUUGUAUUGCAAGCUUGCAGCGCAAAUUAUUUUAUUCGUAGAUUUCCAUUUUUAGUGGAUAAUAUUGUGAAAAUAUUAAGUGAAACUUAUUAAAGCGCUACUAUGUUACGGAAAUUAAAUAUCGUUUUAUAAAAUGGUUAGUGAAUUUAUUACUUAUGUAUUGUAUAGGUCUUGACUAAAAAAUCAGAUGACAAAACAAAAAUGGAAUAUUAUUCAUAUUUUGUCCAAUUUAAUAAAAAUAUUGUGAACUGAAAAGUAAACUAUUAUUUUGCAGCCAAUGCAUUCCCAACAAUGUUACAACUUAUUGUAAUAUUAUUCCUUUUAACAGUAAAGUUAGUACUUAACACAGAAAAAUGGAUUUAAAUUAUUAUUAAUGAUCUGUAAAAUGUGAUAUCUUUUCAUAACCAGCGAUAAUUAUAUUAAGCUAGGACGGAUUUGAUUAUAAGCAAGUAAUUGUUAUUUUCCUGCAAAUUUAAUUGUAUUUCUUUAAUUAUAUUUAUUAUUUGGACAGCUCUUUGUUUCUUUUUUAUAUAUUGUUUAUAAAUAAGCUUUCUGGAUGUCGAUGCCCUUGAUGCCCCGGGACAUCUUUAUAGGGGUGUGUGCGUUCACGGACAAUCGGGAUCUUGCGGGUGUGUGACAAAUCUUUAGUGGGUGCCAAGAUUACACCCGCAUUCUUGUCACGCACCUUGGUCCUUGGAUCGCGUGCCGGGUAACUGGUGCAGGGGGUAUUAUCUGGUUUUAUCUCGGUAGGGAGGAGUCCCCAAAUACCUUCAUUUUCGAUGUUAAACAACUUUUGCAAUGGCAGGAUAUCGGAUGGGUAACCAAAAUGUAUCAUUUCAAGUCUCUCCUUGUUUCAAAAGAGAUGUAGAGCUGUUGGUGCCGGAUGCAUCUGCAUUUCUGAUGAUGAUAAGAUAGAUCAGGCCCGGAUUUAGAGAGGGCCCUGGGGCAAUGCAGGAGUGGCGGCCUCUAAAUCUGAGACGGGCCACUUUUUGUACACCCCCCCUGGUUUGCUGAUCCGUCUAAACCGUCAGUUAAAUAUGCCCCUGACGUAGGGCCACAGACAUACCGAACUGAGCGUUCCUUGUCCAACUGUGAAGUAAAACUCGCAAAUUCGUUCCUACACCACUCAAUCUUACUAAUUUUAUUAAUUAAAUUUUUAAUAAGUUUGUUAUUCAAUGAC